AGUCCUAAAAACUCAAGUUGUCUUGGCACAAUAGCCAGCUGGAUCCCAAAUGAACGGCAACAGGUUGCCUAUGAACGGGAUUCAGUAUGGGGCGAUGUUCAUGGACACGUUCUUCCGCACCAAAUUGAGCGUCUGUUCCCCGAUCUAGGCCCAACGUUCUACGUUGGUACUUGGCCAUUUGGCCCUCCAAUUCUCGCCAUUGCGGCUCCAGAUCCAGCUUAUCAGAUUACUCAAGCGCAUUCACUGCCGAAGUAUUAUCGCCUUCGUCAAUAUAUGCAGCCCAGGACAGGUGGAGGCGAUUUAGUCACAAUGGAAGGGAGCGAGUGGAAGAAGUGGAGAAACAUAUUCAAUCCGGGCUUUAGCAGUGGUCAUCUCAUGACUCUAGUUCCCGAAAUCAUGCAAGAUGUGUCAAGAUUCUGCAAAGUUCCGAGACAGACGGCGGAGAGAGCGGAAGUUGUAUCAAUGGACACUCUCACCACUAGGCUAAGCCUAGACAUUAUCGGGCGAGUGGCACUAAACACUCGCCUGAACUCUCAGCGAGGUACCAACGAUUUUGUUUCUGCGAUGCGUAAUUAG